ACAACAACCCCCCCCCCCCCCCCCCAAAAAAAAAGCACAAAAUUUCAAAUUCCUUUUUUAAAUCCUCAAAGGUUAAAUUCAAAACCUAAAGUUCCUCGAAUCUAAUCCCCGAAUCCUCCAUGUUAAUAUCCCCCCAAAAUUUCGACUUUCUUCUCUAAAAUCAUAUCUGUCAUGGCCCUUAUCUGAUCUUAAUCGAAUUUAGUGGAAUUUGAGAGUGGAGUGAGGUAUGAAGCGAGAGUUGGAUUUCGGAUUGGAGGGUUCACUCGGUCCAACUCGGGAGACGGUGACUCACUCUCAAACUCAGGCUAGUUCUAGUGCUAGUUGUAAAAGAAUUAAAAGUACUCAAGUGAAUGGUUACAUUGUUUACACUCGAGUUAAAAAAUCUAGAAUUAAUUGCCAUGAUGAAUUUUCUGAGAAUUUAGGAAACAAAAAGCUGAACAUUAGUAAACCGAUAAAUGGUGUUAAAGAGUCUUUAGUUGAUAGGGAUCAGAAGAAUAAAACUUUGAUUGAAGCAAGUGAUGUGAAUAAUGAUGUAGUUGAAGGUGUAAUUGGAGGUAGACCAGGAAAUGAAACUGUAAUGGCAGUUGAAAAUGUGGUUGAUGAGAGCUUAGCUGUUCGAGAUAUUGUUGAAGGGGGUCCAUUUAUAGAGGCUUCGAUUGAAGAGAGCCAUAUUAUUGGAGAAAAUGCCAUUGUAGGGAACCUGGUUGUUGAGGAAAUUGGAAUGGAUGGUAGGCCUGUUGUUCAAUCUAGGUUUCGUGCAGUGUCUAGUUAUAAUUUGGUAAAGGUCAUGCCUAAAGAGAAGUCGAUGAAUGAGCUGGAGACGAGUCUGGUUGAGAAAGGAGGUUUUGAAGGAUCUUCGAUGCAGAUUGUUGACGGUAGUGACGGAAAUAAUGAUGAUUUGCACUUGAAGGCCCUGGGACGGUCUAAACAAUCAUCAUUGAGACCAAAGGUUGAAGCAGUAGGCAGUUUGGAGGGUGAACAGCAGACUGUUGAAAAUGUGUUAGUUUCAAAUUUUGGUGGACAGGAAGCAGCUGAAGGCAGUGGAUUGACGACUCCAAGGAAGAAUUUGGAGUUGAAAAUUUCAAAAAAGGUUGCCCUUAAUAAGUGCCCAAUGACAGUUAAAGAGCUCUUUGACACUGGUUUACUUGACGGGGUUCCAGUAGUUUACAUGGGUACAAUAAGUAGUAAGACAGCUGGUCUUCGGGGUAUCAUUACAGAUGGAGGAAUUUUGUGUUCAUGUUCUUUGUGCGAGGGGCGUAGGGUUGUUGCUCCUUCCCAAUUUGAGAUUCAUGCUUGUAAACAAUACAAACGUGCAGCACAAUAUAUCUGCUUUGAAAAUGGGAAGAGCCUGCUCGAUGUGUUGAGGGCAUGCAGGAGGAGACCUCUACAUACAUUAGAAGCAACAAUUCAAAAUAUCGUUAGUGCUUUGCCUGAGCAAAAAUGUUUCACUUGUCGAAGAUGCAAAGGUUCAUUUCCUGUAAUACAUGAUGGCCAAAUGGGGCCACUUUGCAAUUCAUGCAUGGAGUCAAAGAAAUCUCAGUGCAGCACAAUGAGUGCACCCAGAGCAGGAGCUAGAUCACAAGAACCACUAUUGAUUUCACAGUCCUCUGGAACUGCUACAAUGGGUAUCUUUCCACAAUCUACUAGACAAUGGAAGAUAACAAGAAAAUCACAAGAAUCAGUUUUGAUGUCGCAGUCUUCUGGAAGUGUGUCAUUGAGCAUCUCUUCACAAAAUAAAAGUCAAUGCAAGAAAGCAGGAAAGUCAUCAGAGUUUGAUUUGACAUCAAAUUCAUCACAAUGUUCUUCAUUAUCUAUUUCUUCACAAAAUAGAAAUCCAUGGAAGACAACAAGAAAGUUAUGGCUGGUGUAUCAUGCUUCCAUAUUUGUUAUUUCUAGGUUAACAAAACCAGGGUUAUUGACAAAGUCCUUGAAGAGUGCUUCAGUUUAUAUUUCCUCAAAAAAUAAGGGCCAAUGGAGAAUAAAAAAGAAGCCAGUGAAACCGGUUUUGAUGUCAAAGACCUUCAAAGGUGCCUCAUCGCCAAUGUAUUCACCCAAUGGAAGUCAAUGGAAGAUGACAACAAAAGAUCAGCGAUUGCAUAAGUUGGUAUUUGAGGAAGAUGGACUGCCUGAUGGAACUGAAGUUGCAUAUUGUGUCCAUGGACAGAGAUUGCUUGAGGGUUACAAAAAGGGCUAUGGGAUAAUUUGUCGUUGUUGCAAUUGUGAGGUUAGCCCGUCACAAUUUGAAGCUCAUGCUGGUCGGGCUUCUCGCCGAAAACCCUAUGCUUACAUUUACACAUCUAAUGGGGUGUCUCUGCAUGAACUGGCAAUAUCUCUCUCAAAAGGUCGUCGUUAUUCUGCCAAGGAUAAUGAUGAUGCAUGCAUCAUUUGUGCUGAUGGUGGAAAUCUUUUGCUUUGUGAUGGAUGCCCGAGGGCCUUCCAUAAAGAAUGUGCAUCUCUACCAACAAUUCCUCGUGGUCACUGGUACUGCCAAUAUUGCCAGAACAUGUUUAUGAGAGAAAAGUGUAUGGAGCAUAAUGCUAAUGCUGUUGCUGCUGGAAGGAUUUUAGGAGUUGAUGCUAUAGAACAAAUAACCAGCAGAUGCCUACAUAUUGUGAAAAGCAUCGAGGCAGAACUUAGUGGAUGCACAUUAUGCAGGGCAUGUGAUUUUAGCAAAUCAGGAUUUGGUCCUCGGACAAUAAUACUGUGUGAUCAGUGCGAGAAAGAAUAUCAUAUUGGCUGUUUGAGGAGUCAUAAAAUGGCUGAUCUAAGGGAAAUACCCAGAGGGAAAUGGUUUUGCUGCUCAGAUUGCAGUAGGAUCCAUUCUACACUGUGGACGUUGCUCAUUCGUGGAGCUGAAAAGCUUCCAGAGUUCUUUUUGGAUAUUGUGAAGAAGAAGCAUGUAGAAAAGGGUUUAGAUGCUAAUAUCAAUAUUGACGUGAGAUGGAGGCUUCUUAGUGGCAAAUUUGCUUCUCCUGAAACUAGAUUGUUGCUUUCUCAAGCUGUUGGUAUCUUCCAUGAAUGUUUCAACCCUGUAAUUGAUGCAUCAACUGGGCGGGACCUUAUCCCAUGCAUGGUUUAUGGAAGGAAUUUAAAGGGCCAAGAAUAUGGGGGAAUGUACUGUGCAGUAUUGACAAUCAACUCAUACGUUGUAUCAGCUGGAAUAAUUCGAGUUUUUGGGCAAGAAAUUGCUGAACUCCCUUUAGUUGCUACAAGCUUUGCUAACCGUGGGAAGGGAUACUUCCAGUUAUUGUUUUCUUGUAUUGAGAAGCUGCUGGCAUUCUUGAAUGUCAAAAACAUUGUGCUUCCAGCUGCUGAAGAAGCCGAAUCAAUCUGGACGGACAAAUUCGGCUUCAAGAAGUUAAGGCCAGACCAGCUUAGUGAAUAUAAGAAAUCCUGCUGCCAGAUGGUGAUUUUCAAAGGAACUUCGAUGCUACAGAAACAAGUUUCCCCCUGUCCAGUUAUUAAUAGUACAGAGCCUACAGAGUUAUAUAACCAAGUGGAGUAAGGGAUAGUUUAUUUUUGGAGCGGAAGGGAGGAAAAUAGCUUUUUUUUUUUUGUUGUAUUUAAUUUGUGUAUGGACGUAGAUAUUGAGGUACAUAAAUUUGUUAUUCUCUGUCACUUUUAAGGUCAAGGUAAAGAAGUGAGCUCAAUUUGUGAAAUGGGAGGAGCUCCAAUGUGAAGUGCUGUUAAAAUUCUCUUAUCCUACUAUUAAUGAAACAGCCCGGCACAAGACUUGCAUUUGGCAGAAUAGAGGAUAGGUAAUCGAAGUUACUAGGGUUUAUAUUUGAUUUCUUGGAUUUAUCUGCAAGUUCGUUAGGACUAACAGUGGGAUUGCAUUUCGAAGUUUGUUUAUUACCAACACCUACAAACAUCACAGCCUUUCCUUGUAAUGGACACAGUACGGAAGACGUUGUUGAAUAAAUGUCUGAAAGAGGAUAUAAACCAGAAACCGAGAUAUUGACUAGCCUUCCUGCUUCCGCCUUUGUGAUUUAAGAAACAAUGAUUUCCAUUCUACAAAACCCCAGAACUUGAUUAGUCCUCAAAUGCGGUCGCAUGAAUUUGAAGCAAAAUCAAACAAUCCAGUUUUUAUCCCAAAAAGGUUGAUCUCAAACACAAAUUUAUUACCAUGUGUAGAAAUAGAAAAGCUUACUACUCUCAAUCAUAAGGUCUGAGGAGACCACUAGCUGAAGGUCGUGUUAGAGUUGCUUAUUAUGGGCGUUUGCUGAUUGUCCUAAACAUCUUCAAAUUGUAAUAUAACUCUUUCUAGUAUUGAUUAUCUUCAGUAAUUUCAUCCA